UCAAAAGGCGCGCACCGAAGCGACGCGGCGGCGACCGCGGUUUCCUUCUGUCGUAAGUCUCUCUCGCCGUCGUCGGGUGCGCGCACGAGUCAAGCGACGACAGCAACUGAGCCCAAGCGCCGCCACCCGCACCGGUUCCGUUCGCCUCCCUCCUCGCCCAACCUCUCACCAGUCGCCACCGCCAUGGGCGGCUCCGCCGGCGCCGGCGCCUGCGUGGCUGAUGCGCGGGGAGGAGGACCUCCGCCGGAAGCCGACGAAGGGGCCGGCGGCAACGCUGCUGAGGAGGAAUAUCAGCAUGGACAGCCUGUCUACUUUCCAGAGGAACUAGUGGACAAUUGGGUGUCUUUUUCUCGUCGCGGCGUGUAUUAUUGCUACAACAUCUCCUUGCGAUGGUGUUUGAACACAACCGCUACUCCAGCAGACAUAAUAUUAGCUGUCAAAUGCGACAUGGGUCCUGAAUUCCUCUGUAACUCAUUUAACUCCGGUGGUGUUCAUGUUACCAUUAGGUACAUGAGUAUCGUUCAUCUAAAUCAAGAACAGGUCAUUUUUGCGAGAAGAUUUCAGACCACCAUUCUUUCUUUGCUCAUUGGCAAUGGCCAUUCGGAGGUCAAAGAUGCUAUAAAAUACUUUCAUGAGCUACAAGUAUCUGUAGGCGUUGUCUAUCUACUUCUGCCUUCAGUUUCUGGCAAGAUUGAUUGGUGUGGUAUCAAGUUCUCAACCUCAUCAGUAUAUGAUGCGACUGAAAAAGAUAUGGGACAUUGUCAUUCUUGUAAAGAUGCUGAUUUACUGCAGACAAUGGAUGGCCCUUGCUGCAGGUGCAUGCUUCAGAAUUCUGUUGUCUAUAUCCCUCGUGAUGGAAAAUUUUAUAAUAUUACAGGGUUCCUUGACUCAAACGAAAAUAAUCCGCUGCAUUUGAGAGACAAGAGUGUUGUUGGCUCCGAAAGAUGUGGCCUAUGUUUAACCUCUGAAAGCCACCCACUAUUGGUUGCCAGUGCACUAUUCACAGUGCAAAAUUUCCUCUACAAGUGCUACGGAAAAGGGAAAGAAACUAGCUGUAGAAUUGCUGUUAAGUUGCCACCUGAACUCUGCAGAGUAGUCAUGGCGCCAGUGUCAACAAAUAUUUUGUGCAGCUUCUCAUUUGUUCCUUCCAUAAUGUAUCGUAUCCAGUGUCUGCUUCUUUCUGCAAAGUUGAAAAUCCAGUUGGGCCCGAGAAUGCAACAGUUCAACAUAACAGCUCUGAAGAUUUUGGAAGCGCUUACAACAAAGGAAUGCCAGGAGGAAUUUUCACUGGAAUCAUUAGAAACACUUGGGGAUUCUUUCCUUAAGUAUGUUACAGGCCAGCAUCUUUUUAGCAAAUACAAGCAUCGAGAGGGCAAGCUAACCUCCAUGAGAAAAAAAUUGGUCUCCAACAAAACUCUAUGCCAGCUUGCUUGCAAUAGGAAUCUUGUGGGGUACAUUCGGGGUGAAGAGUUUAAUCUGAAAAAAUGGAUCAUUCCAGGACUUGGUUAUGACAUAUGUGGUAACACCAAAUGUUUGUUCCUAUUAACAAAUAAUAUGUACGCACUGAAGGAAAUAUCCAUAAAAAGAAAGAGAAUUGCAGAUACAGUCGAAGCCUUGAUUGGGGCCUAUCUCAGUGCUUCUGGUGAACAGGCAGCAUUUCAUUUCAUGAAAUCACUAGGAAUGGAUUUAGAACUGCAUAAUGAAAUGCAAGAUGAAAGGAAAAUUAGAACAAAAUCUGAAGAAAUCAUUGAUGUGAGAAGCUUAGAGACGAUGCUCGGUUACGCUUUCAAUGAUCGUUCACUGUUAAUAGAAGCACUGACACAUGGUUCCUACAAUAACGCUGGCCCUUGCUAUGAGAGGCUUGAGUUUCUUGGAGAUGCGGUAUUGGACCACAUAUUAACUGAUUAUUUCUACAAACAGUACUACCCUGGAUGUACACCAGCAUUGUUGACAAAUCUACGGAAAGCUUCUGUGAACAACUGUUGCUAUGCACAUGCAGCUGUUAAAGCAGGAUUACACAAGCAUAUUCUUCAUUCUUCAUCAAAAAAGAUGAUUAGCGACCUUGAGAAUUCGGGGCGGUCAUUUUCAGGCCCAUCGCAUGGUUGGGAACCUGGCAUUGGUCUACCUGAGGACCUUGCAGAUUUGAUUGAAUCAAUAGCUGGUGCGAUUUACCUCGACAGCAAGCAUAAGAAGGAGGUUGUCUGGAGAGCCAUGAGACGCCUACUGGAACCUCUUGCCACCCCAAAGACUGUGGAACUGUACCCGGUGUCGGAACUGAAAGAAAUAUGCGAGCACAGAAAAUACCCUAAGCCGUUAUAUUCUCCAACUCGUGAUAAUGGAGUUGGAGUAACAAGGGUAGUUGCAGAGGUGAAGGCUGCAGGGACAGUGUACUAUGCAACUGGAGAAGGCUGCAACAAGAAAGUGGCGGAAAUUUUGGCCGCAAAGGCUCUGCUCCAGAAACUGAAGGCCGCAUCUGUGGCAUGAAGCUUGGAGCAGCAGCAUUAGUUUUUUAGUUACCUACGCUCCUAUAGUUGUUUUUGCAGUGGAUUAAGUCUGGUCGUUCUUGAGCGCUGCAGCUUGUGGGAAACGUGAAGGUUUGAGCGCUGCCUCUGUCAAAAGCUGCUUCUUUAGAAUAGAUGGUCUCCGUUCAUGUUAGUAGUUGAUACAUGUUCACAAUUUAAGUUUGUACAUAUAACAAAUGUACAUCAAGACGUCAUGACCAUUCCAGUAUCAAGCCUACAUUUUCUAGAUA